AUGGCUUCUUUCACCGUUCUGAACGUUUUGACGGCGGCGCUUCUGCUCGUUUCCGCCGGCGCCAACUCCCCGCUGCCGUCUCCCGCUCCGAGCCCCGACUCGCCGCCGUGGCAAUGGAUUCCCGGUACCGAGUCGCCUUCCUCUCCACCAACGGCGGAGGCGCCGCCGUCGGAAAACCCACCGGAGCUCAGCCCCGUUCCGUCAUCCCAUGUGCCGACUCCGCCGGCGGCGGCCAACCCACCGGAAGUAAGCCCAGUUCCGACGUCCCAUUCACCGACUUUGUCUCCGGCCACUCCGCCACCGGCGGCGAAGACUCCCGGUCACGCACCUUCGCCGUCGAAAACGAAACCAGCAGCUCCGGCUCCGGCGCCAACGAAGGCUCCAAAAUCCUCUAAAGCUCCGGCGAGUCCUCCGUCGCCCUAUGGAGGGUUAAUGCCCCCAGCGCCAGCGCCAGCGCCGACGCCACCGGCAGACAACGGCGGCGCUAUAAACAGAUUCACAAUUUCUGGGUGUACUGUUGCAGUUGGAUUAAUGGCGGCGGCUUUAAUGGCCUAG